AGCUGAUUUUGCUGAUGUAGGGGAAAGGUCGACGCUAGCUCAGGCUUCAUAUUCACCACAGAGUAUGUCAGAGUGCCACAGUUAACAUAUUCGUGUCGAGGUUUGAACUUGAAAGUGGUGGAUUAUUGAAUCAGCAUCAUGGCACUUCUCAGAGGUGUAUUUAUUGUAGCUGGAAAGCGCACUCCAUUUGGAACCUAUGGAGGAGUGCUGAAGGAUCACAGUGCUACAGACUUGGCUGAGCAUGCAGCCAAAGCUGCCCUGGCUGCAGGGGGUGUGGCACCAGAACUUGUAAACAGUGUCAUCGUGGGAAAUGUCAUGCAGAGCUCAGGUGAUGCAGCCUACAUUGCUCGUCAUGUGGGCCUGAGGUGUGGUGUUCCUAUCCCAGUGCCUGCGCUCACUGUGAACAGGCUGUGCGGAUCUGGUUUCCAGGCCAUCAUCAGUGGUGCUCAUGAGAUUUGCCUGAAGGAGUCAGAGGUGGUCCUGUGCGGAGGAUCAGAGAGUAUGAGCCAGGCCCCGUAUGCUGUUCGCAAUGUUCGAUUUGGUACAAAGUUUGGAGUUGAUCUCAAGCUUGAGGAUACUUUGUGGGCAGGUCUGACGGACCUGCACGUCAAACUCCCAAUGGGAAUCACAGCAGAAAACCUGGCAGAGAAAUACCAGAUCACACGAGAAGACUGUGACAACUAUGCAUACCAGACGCAACAAAGGUGGAAGACAGCUCAUGAUGCUGGUUACUUCACAGCAGAAAUUGCUCCCAUUGAGGUGAAAGCUAAGAAAGGCAAGGUGUCCAUGGCUCAGGAUGAACACCCUCGCCCCCAGACCACAGUAGAACAAAUGGCCAAACUGCCUACAGUCUUCAAAAAGGGAGGGACUGUUACUGCUGCCAAUGCUUCGGGUGUAUCUGAUGGUGCCGCUGCUGUAGUGAUUGCAAGUGAAGAUGCAUUGAAGGAGCACAAGCUCACUCCGCUGGCCAGAAUUGUGUCCUAUCAUGUGUCAGGCUGUGACCCAAGCAUUAUGGGAAUUGGUCCUGUUCCAGCAAUUGCAGAAGCUCUUAAAAAAGCUGGUCUCAUGCUCAACGAUAUGGAUCUUGUGGAGGUGAAUGAGGCCUUCGCCCCUCAGUUCCUGGCUGUUGCUAAGGCUCUCGGACUAAAUCCAGAAAAAACCAACGUUAACGGUGGAGCUAUUGCCGUAGGACAUCCUCUUGGGGCUUCUGGAACACGCAUCACUGCUCACCUGGUUCAUGAGCUCAGGCGACGAGGAGGCAAGUAUGCUGUUGGCUCUGCCUGCAUCGGUGGUGGUCAGGGCAUCGCUGUUGUUCUUGAAAAAUGCUGAAAUAGCUGCCAGUAUCAGAAGAAUUCCUGUAGAAAAGUGCCUUGCACACACACUGUCCACUCACAGAAAGUAGGAUAACGCGUACUAAAAAUGAGAUUUAUUUCUACAUACAUGUAAAAUGGCAGAUGUUCUUUUAACAUAAGGGAUGCUUGGCUUUUCGCUGGCAACCAAGCGACCACUUUCAGAUUAUUGAUACAAAAAUGUACAGUAAAUAUUUGUCCAUUGUUUCCUUGGAAGCAUAGUGAAGAUACAAAGCUAAUUCAUGGUUUUGAUCAACACUUCUGUGCUCGUUGUACCAGAGUGUGGCAAGAGUGUGCUUCUGAAACACAGAGGUAGUGAAUGGUACAUAGUAACACGUGUGCCAUAUUAGUAACACAUAAAGUACAGUUUGCUCUCAUCACUCCUUUACCAAGGAUUGCCAAAUACUAAGUCUAACUUGUAGUGGCUCCAAUGAAAAUGAUUAUGUAUUUCUGUGUCAAUGUGUCUCAAUAAAUUCAAAUUUGAAAGUUGA